AUGGAAGCCUCCGCGUCCCCAGCACCGCCGAAGCACCGCAUCCCCGGCCUACCUAAUCCGGUUAUAGCGGCCACACAGCAGAAAUGGAUCUUUAGCGAUGAAGACCUCGAGCGCACGCCGUCGCGGGUUGACAAAAUCGACCGGGAGAAGGAGGAUUAUAUCCGGCAUCGAGCUGUCGAGUUUAUCUGGCAGGUCAGCAUGAUGCUUAAGAUGCCGCCGCAGACGUCUAUGACGGCGACGGUGUUUAUGCAUCGCUUUCUCAUGCGAUACUCUCUUCGCGGACAAUACCCCGAGGUGGGCGCCGACCUCAUGCACCCCAAGGUCAUCGCGGCAGUCUCCCUGUUCGUUGCGUUCAAGGUUGACGAGACGAUGCGCCGCAUGAAGGAUUUCGUCGUGGCCUGCUGCCGUGUCGCUAUGAAGCAGCCUGAUCUUGUUGUGGAUGAGCAGUCAAAGGACUACUGGAAGUGGCGCGACUUGAUUCUCCAGAAUGAGAGCGUCAUGCUGGAGUUCCUCUGUUUCGACUUACAGCUCGAGUCGCCGUACCGCAUCCUUUGGGAUUACUCUCUCUCCCUCGGCGUGGGCGACAACAGACCCCUCCGCCACUCGGCAUACGCCUUCCUAAACGACUCCACAUACACAGUGCUCUGUCUACAGUUCCAGCCCCGCGUCAUCGCCGCAGCGGCCCUCUACGCCGCAGCUCGCCAUUGCCGGAUCGCCUUCCCAGACGACUCCGAGGGACGACCAUGGUGGGCACAACUAGACGUCAAAGUAGACGAGCUCAUCCGCGCCUGCAAACUUAUCGUCAAAAUCUACGAGCGCGUCCAGCAAAACCUAAGCAAGGGCUAUCCAGACUUUGCCUUUUCCGACGCAGACGUCAACGAUCCAACCCGCCUCUUCCACAACAACCCCAUCGCGGACCCAGUCUCCACACCCACCCUCAGCACACCAGGCGACUCGGCCGCGUUAAACGGGCGCAAACGCUCGCGUGAGCCAGACUCCCAGUCUAAUGAACACCAUCAACCAACCCCAACACCAAACACACAACAAUCCUCCUCAUUAAAUGGGGAGCGCUCGCCAAAACGCCAACGCACCGUCUCACCCCAUCCCGCUGCAGCAGGCGCAACAGCUUCACCAUCAACAACAGCUCGCCCGCGCAUUCCCCUCCGCGCAUUAGAAGCAGUCCGACAAUCUAAACCCACCGAUCGACUCUCCAGCGAGAGACAAGAUCAGAAAAACACCCAGUCAUCCUCAACACAGAACCCCCAGAAAGAGGAAACGAGCGCCGAAGAAGGCGAAGUCUCAGACGACAAGGGCGUUGACCCGAGUACAGCCCCAGCGGACUCUGCAAACCCCAAGGAAACGGGCCCCCCGUCCGCACCAAAUGAUGAAGGGGGUGGAAGCGAAGAAGGCGAAAUCUAG